CAGACACUUGUGGAGCGGUCAUUUAUGAAGACUCUCCAGUACAAAGAUUUGAAAGUCUCAAGAUACAGAGAUCAAGACAAUCAGGCACUAAAAUUCCGAAGACCUCAAGUCUCCAAAGCAGCAAAUUUCGAAAUAUGAACAGUAAAACAUCGAGCAUUCCUGGAGUCUCAAAAACUGACCUCGCCGCAAAAAUAUGUCCAGCAAUAUCGGAUGGCGCCUAAGAAUCGAUAAGAGGAAGGUCGUUUUGGGCAUCGUCGACCUUGAUGAGAAUCUCUUUCGAUGAGUCAGCCAACGCUAGACAGUUGGAAAUAAACACGCCAGGCAUUCGUGCACGAUUUUCACGGGGCUCGACCGCUUCUGGGGACGUCCUUAGAGCAACCGUGACUCAGGACGUUCCUGGGAAAAACGUGAAUGAACGAUCAAGCCUUAAAAAUACCGACUGAUCGCUGCAACCCGUUUGCUGCCACCAUGACGGUUCAGGACGUGCGUCACACGGGGCAUCCGUCACUCGUGGCUCGACGGUGUCGUCAGAGACCGAGAAUACUGUGUCGUCAACGAUAUAUGGGAUGCGACGGAAAGAAUAACCUGGCAGCUGCUUCGAGAGGUCAUCGUCGGUAACUUAUGGAUCGUUCGGACUGAAUAUGGACCGACGAGGAGGUCGUUAAUAAUGCAACGAUCCGCGAAUAGAGACGACAAUUUCGGGAACCCACGCUGGAUCGAUGGCGGAUUUCAACUGCUUCGCAUUUGGACGCAUCGAAACCUGGCGUGUGGAAUCUUGGGGCGGAGGAAGACUUCCAUGAUUGAUUUGCUUUGAUUCUUUUGCGGAUGUAGCGGUUCGUACGUGUUUUAAAUAUAGGCUGGUGCUUUAUCCAGCUCUUAUAGGAAUGUUAUGGAGCUUCACACUUUUGGUACAAAGUUGACAGUGUUAAUGAGCUUUAAGUAUAAUUACAACGUAGGAUUGGAGGAAAUUUAAACCAGUCAAAAUAGGUUUCUAUUUCAGGUUUCAUGUUUGAUAUUACAAAAUUUUAUUGACGUGUGCUUUGUCAUUUUCUACUGAGGUAAGAAAUAGUUUAUGAUAUUUGAUGUUUCAGUUCAGCUAAUUACAGAAAGAGAAACUUAUGCACUCAUAACUUCCACAUUAUUUAUACUAAUUAUCCGGUUCAUUACCAUGUACUAAAUCUAACUUCACUUAAUUUAAAUUUAUAUUCCUUGUAUGACUAAACUUUCACAUACAAUAAAAGAAUGCGUCCGUUUUAUUAAAAGCAAGAUGAAAAUUGCGGUUCAAAAAUCGUGACAGAAUUUCUUGAAAUUGAUUAAACUUUCUCCUCUUUCUCCUGCAGUCGUUUGAGGCAGGAUGCACGGAAUAUUAAAAACGUCGAAAACUGGAAUUCGAGAAGAGCACAUUACGUUGGUGUUUGUUGGAGUUUAGCACGAUCGUUACGAUGGUUAUCAAAUUUUUUGGACGCAGUUUCGACAAGUGGGCCGAACUUCCGCGCACGUUCGUGUUCGCUGCACGUGAGGAGCAUCGCUAAACAAAUUUCUGCGUUCGGUUAUUCGGUCCGUUUUGCAGCGCAGAAAUGUUUGACGAUUAGUAUUGUCAGGGAUGUUUAUCGACGCGAAACUGACAAUAGGGUAUUGAUCAAGUAUUGGCACCGUAUUGAUCAAAUUGUAGUUGUAUUUUAUAUCUUCCAACUAGUUGUACACCGAAGUUACUCAAUAUAUUACUGAAUAAAAAUGGAAGUCAUAAGGUAAAUUUCGGUAAUAAAUUUAAAAAAAUUACAGUGUAUAAUGAUGGGAAGAAAUGCGACAAUUAUUAAGGGAGAUUAGCGGUCACGUCAAUUAACACGCGACUCGUGAUCAUGCAAGGUGAUUCUUGAGUGACACGAUUAUUCAUGGGUCCGACGUUUCUGUUUCCGUGCUCAUUACUGCGUUUCAGCGGGCACACGUUGACACGAUCGCUUGUCAUGCAACUAAUAAACCUACGUGCGAGGUGUCCAACGAUUUCAUGCUCCUCGAUCUCUUUGUGAGAUCAAAUGACACGUUAAUUCCUUUCGCUGUAACGUCCAUUGUGUAACGAUCGAGUUAAAAACUGAAACUGGAUAAAUACUGUAUUUAUCAUUUCAGUAAUCUCCUAGCAAAACCUCGAGUAUUUCGAUUGAUAAAUGAAUCCUUCAUAAUUAAUUACAGAAAGAAUGAGAAAGACGUAUCGAGUCCAUCAGCCGGAGAAUGUCGAUAGUUUCUUUUAUCUAGGAAACAUCCAAGGAUCCGCCUUUGUAGGAUUAAUAAACCGAAAGAGGUUUUUGCGGGGUUAUUGCAACUGAAUGGAAUAAAAAUCCGUGGAGAUGCAACUAUCGAGAAGACCUGUUGCGAAUAUCUUUUUAUAUAGUCACCGUUGCUUAGUAAAAAGCAGGUUUUUCCACGUCCAUUUCCGUCUACGACCAACGCGAUUAUCUUAUUAUUACAUCAUAUACGUUUUUGAUCGGAUAACUGCAUGUGUGUUAUGUUUGUAAUUGUAUAGAAUUGUUUCAAUCGAUGUAAACAUCGACUAGUAAGACUCGAACCGAGUGAUUUAAUAAAGUUACCUUUAUACAGUAACGUGGCGCAAGUAAGAAACUAAGCAAUAAAUUUUGAACAUUUCCUUUCGUUUAAAGGAAAUGAUUUUGUUAGAUUAUUAAUAGAUCGCGGAUGUUUAUGCAUUAAUGAUAAAUCGAAGUGUACAGAAUCAGCAUAAAUCAUGGACUUUAUAAACUGUUGAUCUCACAGAUUGUCUGGUUUAUUUAUACUUUCCAGACCUCGAUAUCCGCAAUCUUCUAUUUUUGGAUUUUUUGGAAUUAGACUAAAUUUAUUGAUGUUGUUGUUACAGCAUAAAUUAUAAGAAGCUGCGGUACUCAGAAGUGUAACAUCAUGCGUUGUAAUUAUAGUAUCAAGUGUUAUAAGUGUUGUGAGUUAUAUCAAGUAUUGUUGAGUUGUAAUAUCACGCGUACCGAUAUUAUUUGUACUAUCACAAUAUCAUGUAAGAAGUGAUAUGUUGUAAUAUUAUGCGUUGUAUCACUAAACGAUAGAUUACCACGAAUUAGAUGUCUGAACGUUAUAUCACGUUGUAUUGCCACGCGUUGUUACAUCACGUAUCGCCAUGCGUUGUAUCAUGCAUGUAUUGUUCGCGAGUUACAUUGUCAUGCGUUGUAUCACGGAUAUAUUGUUCGCGAGUUAUAUCGCCAUGCGUUGUAUCGCGCAUAUAAUAUUCGCGAGUUAUAUCGCCUUGCGUUGUAUCAUACGUUUUAUCACACGCGUACUCAAGCUAGUUCAUCAGCGUUAGUAGUCACAUAUCGCCGCAGGUUGCAUGCUAUAAUAAGCAUCGAAUUACUACGCAUCGUAUCUGCAAAACCAGCUGCGUGAAAUUUAUAAUUAAAUGCUGGUGCACACCGAACGUGUCAAUGCACGGAAGCAUUUAUAUCGAAAGGGUUAAGAACCGUGCUGGCGGGAUUUCGAGUAAAGAAUCGAGCGCAUAGAAAGAGGUGUUUGGAGUAGGUGUAGAGGUAGAAAUCGCAAGCGAUCGGUCGGAAAGCGAUUCUAGGUGGAAGAAGGGAGGGCGCAAAAAGGGAGGGUGAAAGAGUCGUGCAAGCGGAACAACGCGAUCAUUUGGCACGGCAGUCGUAAGUGAACCCUCGCGACACACGCGCGACCGGUAUCUUUCGGCUUUCGUUUUUUCGGCGCGAGAAACCGCGCGACUGGAGGCUGCUUUUACGCUCGAGCGUUCCUCGCGUCCAUCCUCCAGAUCGUGUCGUUGUGUGUGGCGUGCGUAUGUGUCGGAGAGUGGGACACUGGCGCAGGGCCAGUAGGAUCCACCGAUAUAAAAGAUCUGCGGUCACGCGGACCGCGAGGCUACUCGUUUGUUCAUCGUCGUCCAAGUGCAGUGAGUGGAUAGCGACCCGCGCGGGCCGGUUUCGCGUGUUGUGAACUUGUCUCGGUGAAACGAUUCGUCGCGCGAACACGCCGGAAAAAACUCUACCGGAACGACGACGCGAAUCGCGUAGGUGCCGAGUUACGCGCGUGAUUACGCCGGACAUACUGCACGAGUGGAUGUUCAAGAUACAUCAUGAUGCAGAAAGGAAUUCAGCUCCUGCUAACCUUAGCAGUGUUAGCGACAUGUUUAUCUAUCGUAACACCAUCUUCAUCGAGCAGAGAAAGGAGGCACGUCGGUGUCGAGGAAUCUAGUCAUCGUCCAGACAAAACGCAGCACACGCUGGCGAGUCGAACCUUGAAGUCAUCAACCAGCAGGUACAACGAGAUAACCACAGAACCCGGAAGGAAAGUGACGCACAGGUUGAUCGGAGGACACCUGAGAGGGGAUGCAAAAAGCGAUGAAACCUUGUGGGACGACGGGAUCCUUCUGUCGUCUGCCGGAAGCGGCAAAGAAGGAAAACCUAAUCGAAAGGACGAAGACGACGAGAAGAAAACGUUGUCGCAGCAGGUGAAAGAAGGAAAGUACGGUUUGAUCCAGGACGAGAUUUACGCGAAGCCACCGAAACGACCCGGUAUCAUCAGUUAUCUGGGUAACCCAGAAGUACCGAAGGACACGAUCAACAAUUUGGGUGGAUUAGACGAAGACGACAUCUGGUUGGCGGAGAACCACGUGCUGGUGUUGAGAGGAGGGAAAUUUCCUGGCCACGAGAGCACGCAAAAAGAUAGUCGAACCUGGCCACCGAUCGACAACUACAAAGCACCCAGAAGACAAGUCAAGAUACCAUCCAAGCCGAAGGUACCGCCGCCCUUUCCGGUUCAACUCACGGAGGGUGGUCCCAUACAGAUUAUCGGGCCGAACGGCACCCAGGACAUCGGCAACGGGACCGACUACAAAAAGGACCCGUUGUUCACGAAAGGAUUGCUCGAGGAAGAUGGUCCACUCUUCGCCGUUAUAUCCAACGGAACGAUCCUGAUGUCCAACCAGAAGAACGCCUCCGGCGAAGAAAAUCCCGAAUCGCUGCCGCCAGGCAAUUUCCCGUCGUUUUAUCACGCGAUACCGCCCGGUGCCGUGUUCGUGCCGCCGCCCGUUAACCAGUCGGACUACGACGAAGAGGAUCAGUCCAUUUAUUAUCCACCGCCGUACAGCUUCCAGUACCAACAAGACAACACCACGGCCGUGCCGCCUGGUCCUCUGGUCCCGGGCAUCAUCCUGCCACCCCCGCCCGACUUCUUCUCUCCUCUCGAGGACAAGAAGCCCACCACGAAGAAGUAUCCAAAGCGCCCAACCACCACUCCUUCCCCAAGACCAAGACCUACGUAUCUGCCACCCAGGAAACUCACGACUAAGCAGUUCAAGACCACUACUUCGGUACCAAUUACGAAAUCGAGGAUAUCGAUCAAUGCACCGACUAAUUCGAAGGUGUACGGUAGAACGUCCUAUAGGAAUCUGACGAAUACAGUAAGGACGGUCCCGUACGUGGAAGUGACAACACCCACACCAGACAAACCGACGACUUUAGACAAUCCCGAGUUUUAUAGCGUCAGUCCUCUGACGGAGAACCAGGUGACCAACCAGGAGAACGUUCAAGAAAAGAAGGAAGCCUGGCCGGGUAAAACGAUUCCUAUAGUGGCCUACUACGCCUCGACCACGCAAUCCACCUUGGAGAGACCGGUGGAGGUUACACCAGCCUCGAUAAAGAAUAUCGUUACCACCGACACUCCUGCAAGGUCUAACAGUCAGGCAUCGUACUACUUCUACGAAGAGUCCAACGAAGAUCCUGUCGGAACUACCGCCAAUCCGUCUUCGUUUUAUUAUAAGACGACUACGGAGUCUCCGUUGUACGAGACGGUGACGAGAGCACGCCCUGAAGAGCGGAGGAAACAGUACUACAGCGUGGAGACGUUUCCCUCGCAGGAAACCUCGAAGGACUACAAUAUCAAAUUCCUCGGUUCGGUGGUGAAAAACUCUGGUCCUAUUCGAUACAGCGACUCGCCGAGCGGUUCAGGCAGAUCUCAGGGUCAACGCAUGUUACCUGAUCCCGCGCCGCUUUACUAUCAGGCGAUAUCUCGACCUGCACCGGUGCAACCUUAUUACACCACUGCGAAGCCGCAGACCUACUACAGGCAAGAAGCGAAAUCGAAACCGAUCUACCAGUACAGCUUCGAAGCGGCGGACUACGCGAAGCGCGGUGAUCAGAGGAGCAGGUACCAGCAGCAGCGACAACAGACCAAUGCCUAUGAAGAGUAUCCAAACGUUAAAGUGACGAAGAUCGAUUACAAUGAAUAUCAACGUGACGAGCCGGUGGUCCAAAAGCAGGUUAGACCGGAAAGGAUCUACUCGUCGACGAGUCGCCCGGUGAUCAGUACCACUCAGAAUCCACAACACGCUUACUAUACCCAGCAGGACGACAGGUUGUUGGACGAAGUGACCAAGGAAUACUUUACGAUGUUCGGGAAGAAACUACCCCAUAAGAAUCUACCUAGCACCACUCCCAUUUACUCCAAGUCCAACGCCGUUACGGAACGACCAGACUAUAACAGUUACGUGGACAACGAUUACACUGUCGAGGCUCCUGUUUACAAGACACCUAACGUGAAGGUGCACUAUGGGGAUCAGUCUCAACGACCGUAUUCUCUCAAGGAUGACAUUCUGGUUAAUUAUAGGCAACCUUUGCCUCCCAUCGAACCGGACAGCGAAUUCAUCACGGUGAUAGAUCAACAGCCGCCAAACUACAGGCUCCCUAACAGGGAGAACCAACCUUUCGCCUCUAUUCGUGCCUAUCCUCAACCGUUGGUGAAUUCCAGAAACGGUGCAUCCACGAAUUACGUGCCCAUCGUGGAGUCUCCGGAGGAGCUCGACGAGUCUUAUCCACAGCUACCGAUUUCCCUGGAAGACGACAUUAAGGUGAACUACCGUGAUCCGAGGCCCACGAUCAAUCCUGACGCGGAAUUUAUAGACCCAGUGUCGACAAGGGAGAACCAAGCGGAAAAGCAACCAAAGGCCUACUUCGCGUACAGAUUGCCGGGCGAUGGAGGCCACUUUUAUUUCCUGACGCCCCAGGCGAUCACGCAGAGGCCGGAACAAAACGCUGGUCACCUCUACGCGAAAUCGAGGGGACCGAGAUUGCUGAGACGUCGACGGUGGCCGGGCAAAGUCUGAUAUUCUUGCCUGAGUUAGGUGUGAUGCCAUAACAUAUCAUCGAGAAACGCACGAUGGAGGCGCGUGUUGAAACGCGAAUCGACCUACCGUUUAUACAAUGUAUUUAUUAUAUGUGUAAAUAAUAAUAACGACUAAGAUGUAGACCAGUGAUGGGCAACUACGUCCGUUAGAAUAGUCCGUAGACGCUGUAUUUAGUUACUAGGGAUGGGAGGUAUCCCUAGAUCUAUCUAGGCUUUCCUUAUCCUCCUUUCUAAGCUCUCCCUUUUCCUUAAGCCAGGUAUGACCAAGUACCCCCAUUCCCGCAAUCAGAAGGCCCAGUAUUUCUAAACUGCUAAAUAUAGAAACUUGAAAAUGUUGAUAUUUGGAAGUGGGUACUACCUUGGUCAUACCUUUCUUAUAAACUCGUUAUGGACUCCAGUGAGCGUGAGCUCUUUUGCGAACAAUCGAUCUGCCCAUCACUGAUGUAGAUGUAGAUGAUUGUCGACGCCUUGUUCACUAUCACUUGCUUAAUUUAUGCGACCUAACUCUGCCGCUUGUUUUAGAUUGAUACACAUGCGGUACACGAUGCUCGCGUGCGACCAAAGCGAGCGAUCGUCGCGUACACGCGCGUUGUCUGUGAUUAAUGAUCGAAGUAAACACGUACUGUGUAUAUAGUUACGAUACGGUAUUAAGAAAUCUAUCGUAGUGCGCAAAACACGUUUUCUUUCUUUCAUAAAGCGUUAGCGAAGUAUUUUAUGUUUACUUUCGUAUGAUAUUCGUUCAGAUACUGUAAAUAUGUACGCGGUCAAUUUUACAUGUAACUCGACGGAACAGUAGCGUUUAUUUAAUUGAUGGUAUUAUCGUAGGAUUAAAAUUAGAAUGUAAAGGAUAGACCUUUUAAUAUAGAACUUGCGAUUAUUUAAGUAUGAAAAUAAAGAAAUAUGGAAAAAUGUA